UGUGUCAUAGGUUCUAAAGUAGUGUCAUAAUUGUGUUUUUAAAUUCCCAAGGGACCAUGGCCAGAGUGGUGAGUGCAGAAGACUUCAGUGGAUUACGCCCCUACUCUCAUGGAAUCAUAUUUACUGCAAGACCACAGUCUACACCAGGCAGAGCACCAUCAUGCAGAAGCAGGCAAAGCUCAAUUAAAUCAGCUUCAUCUACGUCUGUGCGUUCUGUCCCAGAUUCCACACUGUCCUCCUCAGAAAUUGAGCAGAUUUUACUUAAAAAGACAGCUGAAAAAGAAGGUGAACUUAAAAAAGCAUUUCAGACAAUUGACAUUGAUCACACCCUAACAGUCACAAAAGGCGAAUUCAGAAGAGUGAUUGAAACCUUUCUUUUUCCUCUGACACAAGCACAGUUUGAUUCUGUGCUGGCACAGAUUCCGAUGACUAGCAAAGUUACUGUACCAUAUCUUGACUUCCUGGCAAAGUUCACUAGGGUUGCCAAAAGUGCCAACAUGCAAAGAAGAUGGAAUGAUAGCCAAGGCAGCCAAACCAUGACAUUAAGUCAGCUGGAGUCCCUCUUAAAGGAAAAGAUUUCAAAGAAUUUGAAAAGCAUCAUCAAGACCUGUAGACUUUUUGAUUAUAACCGAACAGGACAAAUACAGCGGCAUGAGCUAAGACGGAUUCUUGAGAUCAGUUGUUUCAGGAUGAAGGAUGCAGAGUAUGAAAAACUGUGGAAUCAUUCCUGUGUUGGUAAAACGAAUACAUUGGAUUAUAAAGAAUUUCUGAAGAACCUUGGUAUAAAUAUGGGUACAGUUAAGAAAAAUGCAACAGAAAACCAACGCUUAGGUAGGUGCUCACAAGGUGAAUAUAUAGUGUAGGCUUUGGGAAAGUGAAGUUUUCACUUGGGGCCUGAUCUGACUCCUGCUGAAAUCAAUGGGAGUCUUUCAAUGAGAGUUGGAUUGGGCCCUUACAUGGCAACUUUAGUCUGGAAUUUUCAAAGAAGCCCAAGACAACUAUGUGCCAUUUAGGUGACGGUCUCUCUUAGAGUGGUUUGAAAAGCUUAGCCACAGUGUAUCAACAUUACUCAUAGGCCAAGGUUUCAAAAAGUGACACCCAAAUGCAUGUGUAAAAAGUACAGUCACAGUUGAAACUCAUUUGCUGCAAUUAUGCAUUUAGAUUGUAGGAGUUCAUGUACAAAUAACUAUUGGAGUACUGUGCUUAAUGUGGUUGUAUGUACAAUCAAAGGGCUGCACACUCGGUCAUGUUUUUUGUGCAUCACCUUCUGGUCUUCAUUUUUGAAAAUAUGUCCCAUAAUGUAUAUCAGAGUCUAUGGACUUUUGAAUGCAUUUUAAGAAGAGGAUACUGUCAGUAUGUUUUUUAUCAUUUAAAAAUAAUAAUAAUGUUUUCAUUAACCCCUUAGAAGCUUGUAACUAAAAUCUGUUUCUUUAAAAACCUAUUUUUCUACAUCAUGUAUGCAGAUGGGUUUGUUGUUGUAAGGUUACUUGCAAGUGCUGGCCUUUCUGCCAAGUGAGUUUUCAUUUCUCUUUGUUUAAAAAUAAUAAUAUUUAAACGUUAUACCGGGGGUGGGGGAGGGCAGUAAAGAAUUACACAGACUUUGCAACCCGAAGAAAAGACCGUAAGCUAAAUUUUGAGCCUGCCAACUUGAAACAUUGCCCCUUUCACUUCUACUAUUCAGACUUAAUACUUCACAAAGAGUCACAAAACAGCAAAUUAACCUUUCACAGUUGUCUAGAAAAGCCUGGCCAACAGUCAUAGUACUGAACUGAUCCACUGCCUGAGAAAAAGUCUUCCAUUGGGUAGUGGGACUUAUUUCUAAACCAACAUUAAAUGAAUGGCCUGAUUUUCAAAGGUGCUGAGUACAGUACUGGCUGUUCCCAUUGACUUCAGUGAAUGAAAAUCAUACCAUUAGAAUCUUUUUUAUUUAAUCGUACUUUUCCCCUCUUCAUUCUGAAACAGGGUUGUGUGUACACAGAAUGAUGUAAAGUUUAUGAAAUAUUACAAAAUAAGAUAGCUUAGGAAAUAAUUGGUAAAAUAACCACAGCUGCUAAGCACUUGGUUUUUUACAUAGUGUGGACAACUGACAUCAUAACCAAAGCUGUUGCUCCAAAGUCAAAUCCCACUCUGCUUUGAUCAACAAAAGUUGUAAAUGUGAACAAUUAUCGUAGAUAAACCCAUUCAGCUAGUAAACAGAGGGCAGUAUUUAGGGUAGAGAUCAGAAUGAGUGAGCUAGAAGGAUAAAAGGAGGAGAAGGGUGGAUGUAGUGAGAGAAGAGACAUUGAAGAUGGUGCACUGGAGUGGUUAAUUAAAUUGGGCCUGAUCCUGAAAGUAGCUGAACACCCUCAACUGCCACUGAAGUUAAUUGAGCAUAUCACACAUCUUGCAAGAGGCUCUCAAUAGAAUCAGAAUUAUUAUCACACGUGAUAAUGCUAUAAUAUGUAUCUAUAUCUGAAUCCUGAAAAAUGCGUAGUACUCUUACUAAGGCAGAGAUUCCUCUGGUCUGUUUAGCUCUAUACUGAUAGAGGAUUACAAUUCACCUCCAAAUUGAAAUUCUGCUGGCCAGUGUCAUCAGGCUGUUUGUUCCACAGCUCCUCCUAUUAUAUGAUGGUUUUAUACAGCAACAGGGGAACUCGAAUGGGCAAGCUCACAAAAUCCUACUAUUAUUAGGGAAGAAGAUGGGCCAAUGGAUAAUGCACAAGUCUGUGAGUCAGGAGACCUGGGUUUUCACCUCCCACUCUGUCAUUCACGGACUUUAAGGCCAGAAGGGACCAUCAUGAUCAUCAAGUCUGAGCUCCUGCAUACUGCAGGCCAAGAA